AUGAACCGCGUACUGCAGCUACCACUGGGUCCUAGCGCCCCAUCUGUCGUUGAAAGCUACACUUUAGGUGAUAUACUCAUAUGUAAAGCCAAUCGUGGUAAGAAAUUAGAGGUCGAGUACCUUGUAAAGACGCUACAUGCUGAUGUUAACUACCGUAAUCAGCAUGGAUGCUCAGCCUUGCAUGGAGCUGCGGCAGCUGGACAAUUGGAUGUCAUGCAGUGGAUGGGCGAGCAUUGUAAUGUGGAUUGGACCGCUACGGACCAUGACGACCAGACAGCACUGCACUAUGCUGCAUUCUAUGGACAUUUAGAGGUGGUACAACUUCUCGUAGAUAAAGGGGUACCAUUGGAUGCUCCAGAUAAAUUUGGACGCUUGGCACAUUGCUCAGCGGCAAUCAAUGGACACUUGGAUGUCGUAACGUAUUUGCUGGAGGAAUGUUCUAGUCCCAUUGACAUUAAUGCCGUCGACGAGUAUGGUGGUUCAUGUCUGCAUUGGGCGGCGUCAAAAGGACGAAAAGAAGUCAUUCAAUAUCUCUGUAUGAAAGGCAUCGACAUUCACAUCACCAGCUAUGACAACAAGACGGCGUACCAGAUUGCCAAUGACAAGCACAAGCAAAAAUGUGUACAGUUUUUGAAAAGCUGGUACGAGACAUCGCAGAAAUUUGUUCAUGGGGCUGAAGAAGGAGACGAUGAAGAAAUUGCACGGAUAAUAGCUGAAAUUGACGGAGCAUAUCCUUUGCAAUUCAUGCGUGACAAGAACGGCAAAAACGCGAUGCAUUGGGCGGCAGAGUUUGGACACUUGUCGACUUUGAAGCUGUUGAGUGAGCAUUUUGCUGUUUGGACGGAUGUCGAUAAGUUUGGUCGCAACGCAGUGCAUAGUGCUGCUCUUGGUGGCAACAAGGAAUGUGCGUUUUGGCUUAUUCGUAAGUCUCGAGACUCGUCAGAGUUUCUUUCAUUGACACUGACGAACAAGAGUCCAUCACGCUGUGCAUUUGAGGCUGGCCAUAGCUCUCUUGCUAAUUAUCUACAAGCGUGGGAGGAAGGUAACGACGAUUAUUCCACAAACGACGAGAAAUCCACGUCAUUGCUUGAGUACGAUGGUGGCCGUCCUGCUGGCGAUGAAGAGGAAAAUGCUACUCCACGAAGCAGGAAUAUCGAGACCGUUUACAACUGGCUCAAGUUUUUCAAGAUGGAAGAAUACGCUCAGAAUUUUGAAAAAGAUGGAUUUGAUACACUGAGAGGUGUAGCUACAAUUGAUGAGGAUGACCUCAUUGAUAUGCGUGUGAAGAAAGGUCACCGGCGUGUGGUGCUUUCACAUAUUGAGGAGCUACGUAGCCAGUUGACAUUGUUGGACGAAAACACGCAGGGUGUUGGAAUGGAGCCUCUUUCAUCACCAACUUUAAGCAUGCUUCCGCCUAUUGCGAAAUCAGCUUCAAUAUCCAAUAUUGCUAGUGUGUCUGGGGCUUCAGCAGCAGGAGGUGAAGCGAUUCCUUCUCGAUCAGAGCGACGAGGAUCGAUUACAGCGCCUCCGUUGACAGCCGAUGUGUAG